ACAACUUGCUAAUAUAAAUAGGCAAUCAACGUAUCAGAGGUCAGUCACAACCGGACUUCCUCUCGUUAGCUACUCAGCACUGGCAACAUGAGGGGGUUACUACUGCUAGGAGCGCUGUGCCUCGUGGCCUUGUGUGCCGCUUACGAAGCCGAAGCUGAGGAUCUUGCCGUCGCAGCCAGCGGCCAUCAUCACGAACAUGGUGGUGGCCACCAUCACCACGAACAUCACCAUCACGAGCACGGCGGCAAGGGCGAGAAGGGACACAAAGGCCACCACCAUCACCACAAAGGUGACCAUGGCCAUCAUGGCAAACACCAUCAUGAGGGGCAUCAUCACGAACAUGGCGGUGGUCACAAGAAACAUUGGGAUGAGCAUGACCAUCAUGGAGAACAUCAUGAGCAUGGCCAUCAUCAUAAGGGAGGCAAACACGGCCAUCACGAGCACCACGACAAGGGCGAGCACACUGAUGGGUAUCACAAGAAAUAUCACAAAGACCACUUCCACAAGGAUCAUCACUUCCACGAUGGACAUCACAACGAAGGCAAGCACCACAAACACGGGCAUCACCACGGACACCACGAAGAGCAUGGCGGACACCACAAGAAAGGAGGUCAUCAUCAUUCUGGUCACCACGAAGGACACCACGGCAAGCACGGCCACCACGACAAACACCACUACGACGAGGACCAUCACGGCCACAAAGGGCAUCACGGACACGAAGAGCAUCAUCACCACCAUGAUCACCAUGGCAAGAAAGGCGGUCACGAGGACCAUAAGCAUUGGGGAUUCCACCAUGGCAAACACUGA